AUGGAAGAAGCUAUCCUAUUCAACCAAACUUCUUCAGUGACAUACUUUCGGCUAAGAGGUUUAUCUGUAAAUCAGAAGGUGCAAGUGGGCAUGUUUUCUUUAUUCCUCACUUUCUAUGUCCUGACACUGAUCGGCAACAUCCUCAUCGUCAUCACUAUCAUUUAUGACCGCCGACUCCAUACCCCCAUGUAUUUCUUCCUCAGCAAUCUGUCCUUUAUUGAUGUCUGCCACUCCACUGUUACUGUCCCCAAAAUGCUAGGAGAUACCUGGUCAGAGGAGAAGCUCAUCUCCUUUAAUGCCUGCGUGACCCAGAUGUUCUUUCUGCACCUCUUUGCCUGCACAGAGAUCUUCCUCCUGACCAUCAUGGCCUAUGACCGGUAUGUAGCCAUUUGUAAACCCCUCCAGUACAUGACAGUGAUGAACUGGAAGGUAUGUGUGCUUCUGGCUGUGGCUCUCUGGACAGGAGGAGCCAUCCACUCCAUAUCUCUCACCUCACUCACCAUUAAUCUACCCUACUGUGGUCCCAAUGAGAUUGACAACUUUUUUUGUGAUGUCCCUCAGGUGAUCAACCUGGCCUGCACUGAUACCCACAUUAUUGAGAUCCUUAUUGUGUCCAACAGUGGGCUGAUCUCUGUGGUCUGUUUUGUGGUCCUUGUAGUAUCCUAUGCGGUCAUCCUGGUGAGCCUGAGACAGCAGAUCUUUGAGGGCAAGCGGAAGGCCCUGUCCACCUGUGCCGCCCACCUCACUGUGGUCACACUCUUCCUGGGACACUGUAUCUUCAUCUAUUCCCGCCCAUCCACCAGUCUCCCAGAGGACAAAGUGGUGUCGGUGUUUUUUACUGCUGUCACCCCUCUGUUGAACCCCAUCAUCUAUACCCUCAGGAAUGAAGACAUGAAGAAUGCUUUGAACAAGCUAAUGGGGAGAAAGGAGAGGAAAGAAGAUAUCUGA